CCUGCGCAGGGAGGGAUAAAAGUCACCUGGGCAGGAAGGGAUAAAACUCACCUGGGCAGGGAGGGAUAAAACUCACCUGGGCUGCGGCCCCGCUCCCGGAACCCCGCAGGUCCGCGCUCCGCAGCGUCCCAACCCCGCUCCGGGGGAUUCCCGGGGAUUCCUGCGGGAUUCCCGGAGGAUUUCGGGGACUGGGAGAGCGGGAGAUGGUUUGGAUCCUCUGACAGCACCUGCACAGGCCUGGCUCAGCUCCCUAAUUAGGAGAUUCCCAGAAUUAGGAGAUUCCCCAUGGAAUCCUCUGCUCUGCUCCCGGCUCCCGGCGCCCGGGGGUCUCGGCGGGCUCCGUUCCCCUCGGGGGGCUCCGUCAUGUCCUGCUUCCCGCAGCUCUGGCACUCCAGCCCCCCCGAGUCCCCGUCCAGCCCCGCGGCCGCCGCGCCGCCGCUGCCGCUGAGCCCCAUCGCGGUGCCACCCCUGGGCGACGGGCGCAGGAGGGGCCGCUCGCCCGCGGGCUCCCCGAGCUGCGCCAGCCCCGGCUCGCCCAAGCCCGCCUCGCCCGUCGAGUGCUCCAUCUGCUUCAACACCUACGACAACACCUUCAAGACGCCCAAGCUGCUGCAGUGCUCGCACGUGUUCUGCCUGGAGUGCGUGGCGCGGCUGAGCGCGGCGCUGGGCGCCGGCGAGGAGCUGCUGCCGUGCCCCUUCUGCCGCCAGCCCACCAGCCUGCCCAGCCAGGGCGCGCCCGGCCUGCGCACCAGCAAGGAGCUGCUGGCCACGCUGCCGCCCGAGCUGCAGCGCGAGCGCCAGCUCUGGAUGGACGGCACCAAGCUCUGCUGCCGCUGCGCCGACGACGCCGACGCCGAGAACCCCGAGUCGUGCGUGUCCAUCGACGUGGCCAUGAGCAAGGCCGAGAGCGCCGAGGCGGCCCCGGCGGGGCUGGCGGGGCGGCUGUCGCGCUGCGAGAUCUGCGACGACUGGAAGCGCAUCGUGCUGCUCUCGGCGCUGCUCAUCAUCCUCUUCUGCAUCAUCCUGUGGCCCGUGCAGUGCGCGCUCAAGACGGGCAACCUGCGCUGCUUCACGCGGACUGCGGCCGUCAGCCGGCCCGAGCUGCUGCCCCCCAAAGCCACCGCGGCCGCCGCCGCGGUCACACGGCCGCCCUUCCAGUAGGGACAGGGCUCUGGGGCUGCUCAGGGAUGGGGACAAUGAUGGGACCUUCCGUCCUGAUAGGAUCUGUCACACGGCCGCCCUUCCAGUAGGGACGGAGCCACUGGAUCUGCUCAGGGAUGAGAACAGGAACAGAACCUGUUGUCCUCACAGAAUCUGGGACAAAAUCCCCAUUCCAGUAGAGCCAGAGCCCCUGGAUCUGCUCAGCUCCAUGGGGACAAGGGACAGGACCUGCUGCCCUGAGAGGAUCGGGGACAAAACCCCUCUCCAGCAGCACCAGGAGCCUCUGGAUCUGCUCGGCUCCAUGGGGACGAGGGACAGGACAAAGCCCUCCUGGAUCUGCUCAGGGACAAGGGACAGGACAAAGCCCUCUCCUGGAUCUGCUGAGGGACAAGGGACAGGACAAAGCCCUCUCCUGGAUCUGCUCAGGGACGAGGGACAGGACAAAGCCCUCCUGGAUCUGUUCGGCCCCAUGGGGAUAAGGAACAGGAGAAAAGCCUUUCCUGGAUCUCGGCUCCAUCCCCACUGCCAAGCACGACCCACUGCAUUCCUGGGAUUGCCGCAGAUCCCACAUCCCACUGGCUCUGGAAUGUCCUUCCUGUGCCUCUGGAAUGUCCUUCCUGUGCCUCUGGAAUGUCCUUCCCGUGCCUCUGGAAUGUCCCCGUGCAUCCUGCUGCCAGGCUCUCCAUGGAAUCCAGGGCUGGGAAUGCAUCGAGGUCUUCCCAGGAUCCCCUUCCCAGGAUCCCCUUCCCAGGAUCCCCGUUCCUCCAGUUCCUGAGGGAAUAAAGGGAUUUUUUUUUUUCUGGAACAGCUCCAUGAUUAUUCCAUGAGGAGCUGGGAUGGGGAGGGCUGGAUGAACAGAUGGGAAACACCCGAAUUCCAGAGGUUGGGAAGGUGAAACACCCAAAUUCCAGAGGCUGGGAAGGUGAAACACCCAAAUUCCAGAGGCUGGGACAGUCAAACACCCAAACUCCAGAGGUUGGGAGGGUGAAACACCAAAAUUCCAGAGGCUGGGAAGGUGAAACCCAAAUUCCAGAGGUUGGGAGGUGAAACUCAAAUUCCAGAGGCUGGGACAGUCAAACACCCAAAUUCAGAGGCUGGGAGGGUGAAACACCAGAAUUCCAGAGGUUGGGAGGUGAAACUCAAAUUCCAGAGGCUGGGAAGGUUCCCUGGUGCAGAGGGGAUAAAAGAGACAAAGAGGGAAAAGUGGAGACUCCCAGGAUCUGACACCACAGAAGAGGGGAAGGAAAGACACAAAAAUCCUGUAAAACCCUGGGAUUUGGGAUGGAAUCGAUGGAAAAACUGAAUUUAGGAGACGCAGGAACUUCCUUCCCCCUCCUCUGCCCAGCAACCAGCACCAAGAAAAGCAGGAUUCUCCUUUAUCCUAGGGAGAAAAAAAAGAAGCAGCAGGCCCCUUAAAAACCUCUUGAAUCGUUUCCAAACUUUAUUUCUGGGUGAUUUGACGAAAGACACGAGUUAGUAAUGGUUACAUCAUGCUGCUCCUCUACUGCGCAUCGCCCGCCACAGCCCAGCCAGCAGCUCCCAGAGGCAGGAAUUCACCCUCUCCACGGACACCUCAGGGCUUGAAAUUAAAAAAAAAAAGCAAAAAAAAAA